AGUGGUUCUUUUUUUUUUGUGUCACAAAAGCCGGUCCGGGAGAAAAAAGGGUCUUAAAUAUGUGGAAAUUGGUACUAAUCGCCCUGCUGGGCAUUUCUAAUUGCAAUGCAGUUUUGCAGACGGAUGCCAAUACGCUUGUGCUGCUCGACAAUCUGGCCAUACGCGAGACUCACUCGAUUUUCUUCAAAACGCUGCAGGAUCGCGGGUUUAAGCUAACCUACAAGCUAGCGGACGACUCUAGCCUGCUGCUGUCGCGCUAUGGCGAGUAUCUCUUCAAGAAUGUGAUCAUCUUUGCGCCCAGUGUGGAGGAGUUUGGCGGCGACAUCAAUGUGGAGCGUUUGGCCAAGUUUGUGGACGACGGUGGCAAUGUUCUGGUGGCUGGCAGUGAAAAAUCUGGUGACGCCCUGCGGGAGUUUGCCUCGGAGUGCGGCUUCGAGCUGGACGAGGAGAACGCUGCGGUCAUCGAUCAUCUAAACUACGACGUCAGCGAUGCUGGCGAACACACAACCAUCCUGACAUCGGCCAAGAACCUGAUCCAGGCCGAUACCAUUGUUGGCAAGGAGAACAGCAAGGCCGACUCGGCACCACUGCUGUACCGAGGUACGGGCCUGAUUGCCGACAAGGAGAACCCACUGGUCCUAAAGCUCCUCACCGCCGAGAGCAGCGCGUACAGCUACAAUCCUCAGUCCAGUGUCACCGAUUAUCCGCAUGCUGUGGGACGCGGCACUCUGCUGAUUGCCGCUCUCCAGGCGCGCAACAAUGCCCGUGUCGUCUUCUCCGGCUCCCUGCUCUUCUUUUCGGACGAGAGCUUCACCACGGCCGUCCAGUAUGCCCAGAGCGGUGUGUUCCACAAGCUCUCCGGCAAUCGAGUCGUCGCUGAGUCCAUCAGCCAGUGGGUCUUUGGCGAGACCGGCCGCCUGCGCGUUGCCUCUGUGCAGCACCACAAGGAGGGCGAGCUGCAGCCCCCAGUGGAGGCGUACACCAUCACCGAUCCCGUGAUCUAUACCAUUGCCAUUGAGGAGCUGGUCGCUGGGAAGUGGCAGGCGUACAAGGCCAGUGACAUCCAGCUGGAGUUUGUGCGCAUCGAUCCGUUCGUGAGGACCUUCCUGAAGCAGACCAAGACGGGCAGCUACGAGGCCAGGUUCAAGAUACCCGAUGUCUACGGCGUUUACCAGUUCAAGGUGGACUACAAUCGUGUCGGCUACACCCAUCUGUAUAGCACCACCCAGGUGUCGGUGCGUCCGCUAGAGCACACGCAGUACGAGCGCUUCAUUCCCAGCGCCUUCCCGUACUACACGAGCGCCUUCUCCAUGAUGAUUGGCGUCUUUAUCUUUUCGUUUGUGUUCCUUCACUUCAAGGAUGAGCCCCUCGGCAAACCGCUCAGGGAGGACAAGAAGUCGCAAUAGAAUAUUUAAUACUUUAAACAAGCAUUCUUGCAAUUGUGAAUGCAAUGCAAUCAAAAAUAAAAUCAUUUUACACUGAUUUCCACCACUAAA